AUUCCAUGUGGAAGGCUCAUAAACAAAAAAGAGAAACACAACCAGAAAUUGGUAAUGUUCACCAAUCAGUCUGAAGAUUCUGAAAGGUGUGAAAGCAUAGAGCUGGACAAUAAAAUCCGGGAUCUGAUUGAAAGAAGUGCUUCUCGUAAUCCAAAAGGAGUCACGAUGGAGGCCACACCAAGUCACAGAUUUUCAUGUUCUCCAAAGACUUUCAGAGAAAAAGCUUCCAUGGCACAUUUGGCAGAAGGGACAGCUGGAGUGAAUAUUGCACAAAGUUCUACCGAGCAUAUAGAGUGUGCUCAGUCAUCAAGAAGAAAGAAUUUGACAAGUACUCUUGAACACAAGAUAAGAUGCUUGGAAAAACAGAGAAAAGAGCUCCUGGAAGUUAAUCAGCAAUGGGAUCAGCAAUUUAAAAAUAUGAAAGAGUUGUAUGAAAGAAAGGUCGCAGAGCUGAAAAUGAAACUGGUCGCUGCAGAAAGGGUCUGGGGCACCCUGGAGAAGGAGCGACAGCAGCAGGAGCAGCCGCAGAGUCAGAAGGUGGACACCAGGCCACGUGACCAGACCAGGGAGCCACAGCUAGAGAAGGAAAAGGAAAACUUAAAUGAAGAAAUACAGGAAUUGAAGAAAGAGAAUAAGAUUUUGAAGGAAAAAAAUGCUCUUGCAAAUAAGAAGAGGGAACAUUAUGAAUGUGAAAUAAAACGACUCAAUAAGGCCCUUCAGGAUGUCUUGAAAAUUGAGAGUUCUUCAUUUUUUGAGGACUGUGCUGGGAAAUCUAAAGUCAAGUGCAACCAUGCAGAGAUGAUAACGGAAAUAGAAGUCCUCAAACAGCAGGUCCAAAUCUAUGAAGAAGACUUCAAAAAGGAGCGCUCAGAUCGAGAAAGACUUAGUCAGGAGAAAGAAGAGCUACAGCAGAUUAAUCAAACUUCUCAAUCCCAGUUGAACAGGCUGAGUUCUCAGAUAAAAGCUUAUCAAAUGGAGAAAGAAAAACUAGAAAAGCAACUAAAACAGGUAUAUCUCCCAAGCUGCAACUGUGGCUUAGUAUUCCACCUGCAGGAUCUGUGGAAACCAACAGGCCCCGAGGCUGUGCAGGAUCAAUGGGAGCAUCCACCAGACUACCAGUGGUAUGCUCUUGACCAGCUUCCGCCAGAUGUACAACACAAGGCAAAUGAUUUCUCCUCAGAAAAGAAAGUCAGUCAGUAGGAGCUACACCACAGAGGAGACUGGUGAGCUGAGGAUGCGCUUGGCUGAAGGCCUGCUUCAUAUCCUCAUUGCGGCUUGUUUCUGCCACAGUUGAUCAUCAGUUUCUGCCCCAUUAUGUGUGCCUGAUAGUGUUUCCCCUUGGCGUGGACAGAGGCAUGGACAGACUUCUGACAACCAAGAUCAUCAACCAAGAUCGUCAACCAAGAUGACCCUGAGGAGCCAGUUAUAUACAACUAAAUACAACUUCCAGUUUCCUCCAAAUGGGAUUUGACAGCUUGAAACUGUCUUCAACUUACUGCUGUUGGAUUGUUGAACUUACCAAAAUGAUUCCAUGAUGUCAGCAGCUCAGUUUUUGGCAGAGUGAUAUUGUAUGUUGUAUAUAUUCCAAAGGCAAAACUUUCUGUAGUUCUAAAUUUUUUACAUUAAUUCCAUUUUUUCCCUAGGGUCUCAGUUCUUCAGCCAUUUUGACUAGAUACUGUGUUCAUCCUUGGCCUGUAUGAAGCUAAAGAUAGAACUGAAGAGCUGUAUAUACUGUACUCCCUAAAAUUAAAUGAGUGAUUCAAACUGAAUAAAAUAGUAAACUUGAAA